GUCGCGCGUCCUCUGUAGAACAGGCUCUGAGGGAACAACACCGCGAGCUCGAGCCUCCAAGUAAAAACAUCAAAAUAUCAGAAAUAAUCAUUAAACAGCGAAUUAAACAACAACUUACAGAGUUGUGAAGAUAACAACACAACAUAUAUCAUCAUGCCGCAGAACGAGCACAUUGAGUUACACCGUAAGCGUCAUGGAUACCGUCUGGACCACCACGAGAAGAAGAGGAAGAAGGAGAGCCGAGAGGCGCACGAACGCUCGCACAAAGCCAAAAAGAUGAUCGGCCUCAAAGCCAAACUUUAUCACAAACAGAGACAUGCCGAGAAAAUCCAGAUGAAGAAGACCAUUAAGAUGCAUGAACAGAGGAAGAGCAAACAGAAAGAUGAUGACAAGACACCAGAAGGGGCGGUGCCAGCAUACCUGCUGGACAGAGAGGGCCAAUCACGCGCUAAAGUUCUCUCUAACAUGAUCAAACAGAAGAGGAAGGAAAAGGCUGGUAAGUGGGAGGUGCCUCUUCCAAAGGUCCGAGCCCAGGGUGAGACAGAAGUUCUGAAAGUCAUCCGAACUGGAAAGAGACAGAAAAAAGCCUGGAAGAGAAUGGUGACCAAAGUCUGUUUUGUAGGAGACGGUUUCACACGCAAACCGCCCAAAUAUGAACGCUUCAUCAGACCUAUGGGUUUGAGGUUUAAAAAAGCACACGUCACUCAUCCUGAACUGAAGGCCACGUUCUGUUUGCCCAUCUUGGGGGUGAAGAAGAACCCCUCAUCCUCUUUAUACACCACUCUGGGGGUCAUCACCAAGGGAACAGUCAUUGAGGUCAAUGUCAGCGAGCUUGGAUUGGUCACGCAAGGCGGAAAGGUCAUCUGGGGUAAAUACGCCCAGGUGACGAAUAACCCAGAAAAUGAUGGUUGCAUUAACGCUGUGUUGCUGGUAUAAUGGAAAUCUGAAACGUUUAACACUGAACUGUGCCUCAGAGUACUGCCAGGACCGGCUCUUCCGUGGAAUUCUGUUUUCAGUCUCUUGGGAACUGAAAAAUUCCUUUAAAGAACAUGAUUGGGAGACAGCUGAUAAUAAGUUCACAUCUGGACCCACCACUCGCAAGAACACGUGGAUCAGAAAUAAAGUGCUGUUUAAUUUCAAAUAAAAUCGAGUUUUCCUUGUU